AUGGCGGUGCAGGCUGUGCACAUAGAGGGCGAUGCCUUCCUGGUCUGUGUGGCCCAUUCUCUAAGCACGGAGCGGGAGGAGGUGAUGGGCUUGUGUAUAGGCGAGGUGGACACCCAAAGAGUUGUGCACAUUCACUCAGUGAUCAUCUUGCGGCGUUCAGACAAGAGGAAGGAUCGAGUAGAGAUUUCGCCUGAGCAACUGUCAGCAGCUACAACAGAAGCUGAUAGACUGACGGAGAUCACUGGACGUCCCGUGCGAGUUGUUGGCUGGUAUCACUCCCACCCGCACAUCACGGUUUGGCCUUCCCAUGUUGAUGUGCGGACUCAGGCCAUGUAUCAGAUGAUGGAUGUUGGCUUUGUUGGACUAAUCUUCUCUUGCUUUAUAGAGGACAAGAACACAAAGACGGGACGUAUUCUGUACACGUGUUUCCAGUCAGUCCAAGCCCAGAAGAGCACUGAGUAUGAGAGAAUUGAAAUACCACUUCAUGUAGUUCCGCAUGACACAAUAAGGAAGGUUUGUUUGGAGUCCGCUGUGGAGCUACCCAGAAUCCUUUGCCAGGAAGAGCAGGAUGCUUACCGCAAAAUACACAGUCUCGGACAUCUGGAUUCUGUCACCAAGAUUCACAAUGGUUCCAUUUUCACAAAGAACUUAUGUGGUCAGAUGUCUGCGGUUAGUGGACCACUUCUUCAGUGGCUGGAAGACCGCCUACAGCAGAAUAAGCUGCGAGCCCAGGAGCUUGAACAAGAAAAGGAGAAACUAAUGCAUGAAUUGGAGAGCCUGGACUGAUCAGAGUCUCUGCUAUGAAGCUCCUGAGCCUGGAGAAAGUAGUGAGGUGUCCUGCAGUACACACGGUAACCAAAGUUGUGUAUGGAUUCUGAGAAUCUAACCGUAGAUAUUAGCUGUGUGGAAAUAGUGAAACGCCAUGCAGAUACUGACUCUGUAUUCUCCCAUCUCUGGUUUUUCCCCCAUAAACGGCACAUCUUGGGUUCAGUAACAGACACAGAAACGUCUCUUUUAAAUUUUGUCAGUAAGGGCAUACUUACUAUAAGGGACGGAGAUGUAUACUCUGUAGCCUUCCUCAUGCUUUUGUUUAUAUCAUUUUUUUUGUAAAUAUACUUCUGUGAUACAUUUGUGACGACCUGCAGAAAUGCCUGUAAUAAAGACAGUUGUCAUUA